GCGCCCCGCCCCCUCCACCCACCCCGCCCCCUCAGCGCGCUGCGCUCGGGCUCCCGCCGCGCUCGAUCUCUCGUCGCCCGCGGCCUCUUGCUCCGCUUGUCCGCGGCCGAGAGAGGGACCAGAGAGUCCUUCUGGUGGGCGGCGCGGGGCUGCGCGCGUCCGGCAUCCCGGGGCCGCUCGGGCCGGCCGGCGAGGGUAGCCCCUCGGCGGUCCAUGCAUCCGCCGCCGCCCGCCGCCGGCGUCGCGAUGGAUUUCGGGCAGAACAGCCUGUUCGGCUACAUGGAGGACCUGCAGGAACUCACCAUCAUCGAGAGGCCGGUCCGCCGGAGCCUCAAGACACCAGAAGAAAUAGAAAAAUUGACUGUUGAUGAAGACCUCAGUGAUAUUGACAGAGCUGUUUAUCUGCUCAGUGCUGGUCAAGAUAUCCAAGGAACAAGUGUGAUUGCAAAUCUUCCAUUUUUGAUGCGACAGAAUCCUACUGAGACACUUCGGAGAGUCUUACCCAAAGUCAGAGAAGUGCUGCAUGUUGCGAGUGUGGAAAUGCAGCUAACAGCUGCGAUGUCAUUUCUGACCAUCCUGCAGGAAGAAUCAAUGUCAGCCCACACCUGUGCACACUCCUUCCUGCAAAUCAUUCUCCUGCACCUGGAGCAUAGGGACACAGGUGUCAGCAAUGCAUGGCUGGAAACGCUUCUCUCUGCAAUAGAAUUAUUACCAAAAGAGACCCUGAAGCAUGAGAUUCUGAAUCCACUUGUUUCUAAGGCACAACUUUCCCAAACUGUCCAGUCGCGUUUAGUUAGCUGUAAAAUUUUAGGAAAACUAACCAACAAAUUUGAUGCCCAUAGCAUUAAAAGAGAAAUACUUCCCCUGGUAAAAUCACUCUGUCAAGAUGUGGAAUAUGAAGUUCGAUCUUGUAUGUGUCGGCAGUUAGAAAAUAUAGCUCAGGGCAUUGGGACAGAACUGACAAAGAGUGUGGUGCUCCCUGAAUUAAUAGAACUCUCUAGGGAUGAGAGUGGCAGUGUGCGGCUUGCUGCUUUUGAAACCUUGGUUAACAUGCUUGACAUGUUUGAUACAGAUGACAGAAGUCAAACUAUACUUCCCUUAGUGAAAUCCUUCUGUGAAAAAUCUUUCAAAGCAGAUGAAUCAAUCCUUAUUUCUUUAUCUUUUCAUUUAGGAAAGCUAUGUCACGGACUCUAUGGAAUUUUCACUCCAGAUCAGCACUUGAGAUUUUUGGAAUUUUAUAAGAAACUUUGUACGUUGGGUUUGCAACAAGAAAAUGGCCACAAUGAAAACCAGAUUCCAUCCCAAAUCAUAGAGCAGGAGAAGAAAUAUACUUCAGUACGAAAGAACUGUGCUUACAACUUUCCGGCCAUGAUUGUUUUUGUUGAUCCUAAAAACUUCCACAUGGAACUCUAUUCUACAUUCUUCUGCCUUUGUCAUGACCCUGAAGUACCAGUCAGAUACACUAUUGCUAUUUGCUUUUAUGAAGUUUCUAAACUUCUGAAUUCUGGAGUGUAUUUAAUACACAAAGAACUGAUAACAUUAUUACAAGAUGAAUCAUUGGAGGUACUAGAUGCUCUUAUAAAUCACCUCCCAGAAAUCUUGGAACUCAUGUCUAUUGGUGGAGAAAGCAGUGCUCAUGAAAAUAAGUUGUCUUCUCUGCCUGACUUGAUUCCCGCACUCACAGCUGCUGAGCAGCGAGCUGCAGCCUCUCUGAAGUGGAGGACCCAUGAGAAGCUGCUGCAGAAGUAUGCCUGUCUGCCUCACAUCAUAUCAAGCGACCAGAUUUAUUACCGCUUCUUGCAAAGAAUGUUCGCCAUCAUGAUGACAAAUAAUGUCUUACCCGUCCAAAGAGCAGCUGCACGAACUCUAUGCAUUUUUCUACGCUAUAAUCGUAAACAAGAGCAGAGGCACGAAGUCAUUCAAAAAUUAAUUGAACAGUUGGGCCAAGGAAAGAGUUAUUGGAAUAGACUUCGGUUUUUGGAUACCUGUGAAUUUAUCAUAGAGAUAUUUUCCAAAUCAUUUUUCUGCAAAUAUUUCUUUCUACCUGUUAUUGAACUAACCCAUGACCCAGUAGCAAAUGUGAGAAUGAAACUUUGCUACAUGCUGCCCAAAGUGAAAUCAGCUCUGAAGAUCCCUGCAGACAUGCAUCUCCUUCAGCAGUUAGAGAUGUGUGUGAGAAAACUCCUGUGUCAAGAAAAAGACAAAGAUGUCCUGGCUAUUGUGAAAAAGACAGUAUUAGAGUUGGACAGAAUGGAAAUGUCUAUGGAUGUGUUUCAGAAAAAAAAUUAUGAGAAAGAUUUGUUGGAUCAAGAGAAAGAAAGAGAAGAGCUGCUGUUUUUGGAAAUGGAACAGCUAGAGAAGGAGAAACAUCAGAGCGAUGGGAGGUCCCCCAGUGAUAAAAACUUUGAGAAGAAACGCAGAGAGUCUCGGACACCAAUACAGAGCCUGCCCAAGAACAUCCCUGUCUCUGUUCCUGGACCGUCUUCUAGCACUCCAUCAACAAGCAAAGAAAUCAAGAAAUCCAAAUUGAUUCGAAGCCAAUCUUUUAAUAAUCAAGCAUUUCAUGCAAAAUAUGGCAAUUUAGACAAGUGUGCUAGUAAAAGCUCCACCUUAGCUCACACGCCAACUGUCUCAGGGCUGGUGAGGACGGCCAUGCUUUCACUAACUGAUGACUCAUUCCGGACUCGAAAUGCCAAUAGCGUUCCAGCUUCCUUUUCUCCUAACCCUGUCUUGCCCAGUACUUCCCGUGGGACAGGUAACACAGCUGAUCCAAAGAGUAGUGGAACUAAAGAUGUCCAGCCUCGGAAGGCUACCUUAAAAUCCAGAAAAUCCAAUCCUUAAGUCAACUGCUUGGUGAUGGAGGCAAGCAGUCAGCGGACAUUGUGACGGUGGAUGGCUCCAGUGAUGCCAGGCUUGUUAAGUGUGGAAGAGACAAAGGAAUACCAUGCAGCUGAUGUGAAAUUUACCUUAUUAGGAAUUAGAUUCCCUAGGAGGUAUGGCAUGUUUUAGUGUGGGCUCUGAACCCCAGUGUUCCAGUGCAGUGCAAUUGAGCUCCAACUUGAGGUGUGUGCUCAGACUGCAGGAGAGAUGUGCCUGUGUCUGUGGGAGGCUGGCUCUUGGUUAU